UUUCUAGUCAUUAGGUAAUUUGGUUUGUUUUGUAGGCAAGACUGUUUUGGACGAUUUGCUAAUGUUUUUCGACAAUAUUUGCGGCUGCAUGCUUUUGGGAGACACAACUUAGUGAACAUGUUACCCGCUAACACACCUAUCGCUGCCUGCAGCUUUAUCGUUAACCACUAUUGUUGCUUAAAUGUUUUGAGAUGGAGCAGCAGUUAGCCAGUAAGAUGGCUCGGGCUCCUCGCAGCACAUCUUUCUGAGUUUUCCGUCUCUCUGUGAAAGGGGAAAAAUCAUGUCUUGCAAAGCCGCAACCAAGGACAAGAAGUCCAGCUUCAGCAAGAAGCUGUUCAGGCGAGGCUCUGUGCGCUCUGUGGGCAGUUUUAUGAGUAAGGUCCUGAGGACACUAACAGCGCUGUCACACUUUGGAUCCGAAGUGCAAACCGAGGAUGACAAAGAUGAUGGAGGAUUUUCCACUUUUAAAUCUGGAAGUAAAGAUGUGCCCAUGGAGGAUGGAGACCUCGGGGGCUUCCUGUCCAGGGAGAGGGUUCCUGGAGUGUCAGGUUUGAAAAACCACGGCAAUACCUGCUUUAUGAAUGCAAUUCUGCAGUGCCUCAGUAACACUGAACUCUUUGCUGAGUACCUCGUUUUGGAGCACUACAAAGGCGAGGAGCUGGACGAGGACCAACCAAAGACAAAUGGUGUGCAUUUGCAGAGGAAGGGUCCUCUGUCCAAAGGAGAAGUCACGGAGCAGUUGUCAGGACUUGUACGGGCUUUAUGGACGUUUGAGUAUACCCCCCAGCAUAGCAGAGACUUCAAGAAUAUUGUGUCAAAAAAUGCCACACAGUUUAAAGGAAAUGCUCAGCAUGAUGCUCAAGAGUUUCUGCUGUGGCUGCUGGACAGAGUUCACGAGGAUCUCAACACGGUCAACCCCAACAGCAGGCCUGCUAUAAAGCCACCUAUUGAAGAAGACGAUCAAAGCAUAGAGGGACCAUCUCCUCCCCUCUCUGCUGGGUCGUUUGUACAAGAACUUUUUCAGGCUCAGUACAGAUCUUCUCUUACCUGUCCACAUUGCCAAAAGCAGAGCAAUACCUUUGAUCCCUUCCUCUGUAUCUCCUUACCAAUCCCGCUGCCACAUACACGGCCCCUAUAUGUGACGGUGGUGUAUCAGGGGAAGUACUCUCACUGUAUGAGGAUCGGAGUUGCGGUUCCGCUCAACAGCACUGUGUAUCGCCUCAGAGAUGCUGUGUCACGCGAGACUAAGAUCCCAGUGGACCAGUUUGUUUUGACCGAAAUGUACUACGACGGCUUUCAUCGUUCGUUUUGUGAUGAUGAUGACGAUCUUGACAUCAUUCAAGAGAGCGACUCCAUCUUUGCCUUUGAGACACCUGAGACCUUCAGGCUGGAAAAUAUACGCACAAAAAGAGGGAGUCUUCUGGCAAAUCUGAAUCAUAACAACUUGAAGUAUGGGACAGAAAUCAGCAGGACUCCGUCUUUCAUGCAGGGGGCUGUGACACCUGUAACUGCAUCACCCAAUAAAAACCUGGGGCCAGAAAAAAUGAUCCUUUUGGUGUGUAACAGAGCAUGUACUGGCCAUCAAGGAAAGAGGUUUGGGCUGCCUUUUGUACUGUAUCUGGAGCGCACUGUGACCUGGGAUACUCUACAAAAAGAGAUCCUGGAGAAAAUGCGCCAUCUUUUGAGGCCUGGGGUCUACAUUCAGGUUGGACCUUUCAGUCUUCGAGUAGUUGGCGUAGUUGGCAUCACCUACCUCCUGCCCCAAGAUGAGCGACCACUGUGUCAUCCAACUGUGGAAAGAGCAUACAAGUCCUGUGGACAAGGGGGACCACCACAUGUGAAAAUUGUGGUUGAGUGGGACAAAGAGACCAAGGACUAUCUGUUUGGGCACACUGAGGAAGAGUAUAUUCCGGAUGCUGAGAGUGUCUAUCUGCAUAGAGAACAACAUCACCAGCCGCAGGCCUGCACCCUUGCUCAGUGCUUUCAGCUGUACACUAAAGAAGAGCAGCUGGCCCCAGACGACGCCUGGCGCUGUCCCCACUGCAAGCAGCUGCAGCAGGGCCGUAUUAAGCUCAGUCUGUGGACGCUCCCAGAUGUACUCAUACUGCAUCUCAAGAGGUUCAGACAGGAGGGGGACCGGAGGGUGAAGAUGCAGAACAUGGUGAGGUUCCCACUGAUGGGGAUGGACAUGGCUCCUCAUGUGGUUAAGAGAAGCCAGAGUAGUUGGAGUUUACCAUCCCACUGGUCUCCAUGGAGACGGUCCUAUGGACUGGGAAGAAAUCCUGAAGACUACCUGUAUGACCUGUAUGCUGUUUGCAACCAUCACGGGAACAUGCACGGAGGCCACUACACUGCCUACUGCAAAAACUCCAUUGAUGGUCAGUGGUACUGCUUUGAUGACAGUGAGGUUACACCAAUAGCUGAUGAUGAUGUGUGCCAGCAAACAGCCUAUAUACUAUUCUAUCAGAGGAGAACAGCCAUCCCCUCCUGGUCUGCCAACAGCUCUGUUGCUGGUUCUACAAGUUCAUCCCUGUGCGACCACUGGAUCAACAGGCUACCUGGCAGCAGGCCUGCUAGUUUGGCCUCUGGAGCCUCAUCCAGACGCACCUCUCUGGCUUCACUGGCUGAGUCAGUUGAGUUUCCAGGAGAACGUAGUGAGGAUGAUGGAGGAUUCUCUGUCCGCCCUUUUGUGAGGAGUAUUCAGCGACAGAGUUUGUCCUCCAGGUCAUCCAUUGCUAGUCCUUUAGCCUUCAGUGACAGUGGGAUAAAACCUUCCUGGUCUCUCUCUGCCAAGCUGCACAUGAGAUCUAACUCACCCUCACGUUUCUCCCUUGACUCUCGGUGUUCCCCUCCUCUAGAGAGGAUAGGAGAGGCAUGUGACGACAAGGUUUCCACAUCCUGUUUUGGCAGCUACAGUAAACAUGAACGAUACUUUGGCAGCAGGACUCCCUUGUCUAUGAUGGAGAGCAAUUUCCCCGACCAAGACAACAAUAAAAGGUUCUUAGACAUGAUGUACUGCCGGGCUCCCACUCCAGUGGAAAAGAAGAUCACCAAAAAUGAGCCAACUGAAAACAACAACCAGAUUACAGCUAUAGACCAAAACAUACUACCUGCUCAAUCUACUCCCUCCAAAGAACAGAAACGUAAGAGUAGUAUUGGAGGAUUUGGCUUAAAGGCUGAAAGCACAGGUUCCACAAAGAGUUCCAGCAAAGUGGAGCAAGAUAAAACCUCCAAAAAACGAUUGUGCUCAACCCACAAGACCUCUGCAUCUGAGACGUCUUCCAGUACACCCAUGAAAGGCAAAAAGCUGAGCAAUACUAAAGAGAAGAAUAUAAAUGCUAAGAAAAGCACCUCAACACCCAGUGGAACGCCCUCCAAAACAAAAGAGUCGACUCAACCUCCAGAGGCUACGCCACAACAUAAGCCAUGCAUCCGUUCCACGCCUCAGUCCUCAGCUUCUCCUUCACCAACCUCAAAGAAGAAUUCCAGUGUCACUGAGAAGACCUCAACAAGCAGCAGGAAGCGGCUUGUAGAAAGGAGCCAGAGUAGAGAUUCUAUGCACAUUAGCCCCCUGGCUGACAGCCUCAGAUGCAGCUCGAUGGCACGCUGCUCACUUUCCAAGAGUGGGGAAAGCAACCGGCCUGAGAGGAGAUUUGUGAGGAGUUCCAGCAGCAGUUCUUCUGUCACUAGCCUGCGUUCACCCAGCGUAUCCACCAGAGACCUACAGCGCAGCAGCAAAUCUGAGGAGAAAGGGUUGUCUUUCUUCAAGAGUGCCCUCCGACAAAGGGAAAGCCGCCGGUCGGCUGAUUUGGGAAAAAGCACCAUGCUUACCAAAAAAACCUCAGAGAGGACAUGCAAGCAGAAUGGACAAGCCAAGGAGAUCGGUGGUGAUAAUGAAAAGAUGGGAGACGCAGUGUCUUCUCAGAUAUCUACAGAGACUCCUGGAGGUGAGACAAAAGAGACAAAGGAGUCUUCCAAACCUCCCAGUUCUCUGACUCGCUCUCUGUUAAAUGUAGGCAAGUCCAAGUCUUCCACUAACGAAGUAAGUUCCAAAUCUCCUGCAAACGGGAAGAAGCCGCUUGAAAGGAUGACAUCUUCCCGAAGACUGUCAUCAAGCAUGCAAUCUCCUGCACGAACAACACAGAGGCCUCAAUGAUACAUCUAUAGUCAAUAUAUUGAACAAGCAUAAUGCAGCUAAUCUUUGUGCCUAAGUUUCAGCGAGCACCAGAUGUAUUUAAGACACAUUUUUGAUGUUAUGGUUUUGUAAACUGGGAUUAAAUUCACAUGUUGGCUUUGAGAUUUGAGUAUUGGCAGCCAGCUUUAAGUGUUUUUAGCUGUUUUGUAUAAACUACUGUAUCAUCAUCAUAUACCUGAGUGCCAAGCACUUGUGUAGUAUGGUGCCAGUUUUGCUUUUCCCAGUAGUAAAUAUUGAUAUUUUU